AGAUAAAAUAUGUUUUAUUAGAUAUGAAACAUCAUUUAACAUACAGAAAUAACAUAAAAUUAAGAAUUAAUAAUAAUAGAAAUAAUAAUAAUAAUCCCUUAUCGGCUUUCGCUUAUUACGCGACCUUAUUUCGGUAAUACAUGACGUACGAUAACAUAACCAAAAGAUGUACUAAUGUCUACGUUUUACAUAUUAAAUUAAUUUCAUUUCAUAAGAUAAAUCUAAUUCAAAUAUGAAAUGAAAUGAAAGUGAUACAGAUCAUAAAUAAUUAAAGAUAAAAUAAUAUGACAAUGCUGUUGAAUAUUUUAUCUCAUAGAAAUGCAACAAAUUCUCUUUGUAAGGUACAAUUUGUUUAUCAAUUAUUGGUAAGAAGUACCAAAUAUAGGAAUCCUAUGCUUUAUAAAUUUUUCCACUCUUCGUCCAAAUGUACAUUUAGAAUAAAAAAUACAAGAGAAUGUAAUAAACAAUUAUAUAACGAUUUGAGAAAUGUAAAUACAAAUGUGCAAAAUAAUGUAAUAUUAUAUAAGAAUGAAGACACUUAUGAUUUCAUAGUAGCAAAACUACUUUUCUGUGGGUGGGUUUUUUGUAAUACAUUAAUAGCAGCGGCGACUUAUAAUCCAAAAUAUAUAACAACAUGGCAUAAGGAUGUAUCUUGGGCAGAAUAUGUAAAGACAAAUGGAGCAUCUUUUAUGUACUUUACAUAUUCUAUAAUAAUAGGACCUCUUGGCAGUGUAGCACUAUAUUUGUGCAAUCAAAGAUUUGUAAAAUACAUUAUUUUACACAAAGGUGGCAAAAAUGUAUCUAUACUCACUAAUCAUUUAUUUAAAAAAUAUAAUACCAUUACACUUCCUCUUGCAAAGGUUAAACUUACAUUAGCAAGACAGGAAAUGAAAUCUUACCUGCCAAUGAAGAUUCAAGGCACAAGAUUUUAUUUUAUUCUCGAUGGUCAAGGAAAAUUUUUAAAUGAAAAAUUAUUUGACUAUACAGUUGGAAAUGCAAGACGUUGGUAGAUGUAUUUUAUGAGUUAAAUAAAUUAUUAUAAAUAAAUUAGAGAUGUAAUACAGCUA